UAUUCCGCCGUAUCAUAUACUUGGGUGGAGCCGGCUUUCUCACAGCGGCUUUGGCUGAGAAGCAACAAGUCCGCGGACUACAACGCAUAUUUGCCAAUCACUCAAAACGUCAAGAUCAUGCUUCAGCACCUUCGGAAAGCUCACAAGGCGCGAUUUCUAUGGAUUAACGCAAUUUGUCUCAACCAGCGCGAUGACGCCGAGAAGGCGGUCCAGAUUCCUUUAAUGGGCGAGAUUUACUCAGAAGCGCACAAAGUCCACUUCUGGCUGGGAGAGGAG